ACUCAGGUGUGUGGAUCAGACACAAGAGGCCCACCCAGAGGGAUGCACAGCAGCAGGCUCACAUGAUCCCAACAGGACCCCAGGAGACACCAUGUGGCAAGUGAUGGAGCACAGAACCGGGAAGGCAUCAGGUAGAGAGAGGUCUGGGCAAUGGAGCCAGGGAGAGCAGAGCUCAGAAAGAGGAAAUGUCCAGGGCUGGGUGGGGAGGGACACUUCCCAAACUAUCUGUGCUGGGUGCUAUGUCUGAAAACCAGUGGGUGACUCAGGAGAGCAGCUGUGCAUGGGAAAUGUGACAGCAUGGGCAGCACAUACAUGGACAUCAGGGGCUUUGAGAAGAGUCUCUUCCCAAAGUCACCCAAGGAGGGAGGCCCCAAGUGGACCCUGAGCUUAAGAGGUCCCUGAUGAUGUCAAGAGAGCACCCCAGGGUCCCACAGUGGGGUGGGCAAACUGGGUCUAAGGAAGGUCAACAGGAGUGGUUUCCCCAUCCUGGCUUCUGCUCAACACAACACAGAUCCCAAUCUGACUCUGGACCCAGGGCCCCUGGCAGCCAGAGCUUCCCUGCACCUCAGUCUCCCCAGUGUAGGGACUCUGAUGGGGCAGGGCUGACUUCUCACCACUUUCACUCCUGGGCCGUCCUAGGCUCCCUUGUCCCAGACACCCCAAAGAACAUCAAGAUCUGGUGAGAGGAGAGUCCCUGGAGAAGGUGGGGGACCCAAGUGAGAACGAGGGUACCUGGAGAAGGGGUCCCUGACAAGGUGGGAUCCCUGGAGAAGGUGAGGUCCCUGGAAAGGGUGGGACCAGUGAGGGCCUGGGCUCGGACCAUUGUCUCCAUCAUACUGUGAUCUAGAAUUCCCCAUCCCACAAAACCACAUUCUAGAGCUCAGGGAACCCUCCCCAAUUCUCAAGCCCCAAGGGAGAAGGGAAUCCUUUCUCUGUGUUCUUUUCCCUGGAACUGCCUGGCACUGAGACCCGGACUGCCUGCAAGGAGGCUGGGUGGCAGGCCACUCUGAGCUGCCCCACCCAGAAGAGAGCCAGCUAUGGCAGAGGAGGUGUGGGUGGGUACCUGGAGGCCCCAUCGGCCCCGGGGGCCCAUCAUGGCCCUCUACAGCAGCCCUGGCCCCAAGUACCUGAUUCCACCUACCACAGGUUUUGUGAAACACACGCCCACCAAGCUGCGUGCGCCAGCCUACAGCUUCUGUGGGGCCCCCAUGCUCCUGGCAGAGAACUGCUCCCCAGGACCCCGCUACAGCGUGAACCCCAAGAUACUAAGGACCGGCAAGGACCUUGGCCCUGCCUACUCCAUCCUGGGGCGCUACCACACCAAGACCAUGCUGACCCCAGGCCCAGGUGACUACUUUCCAGAGAAAUCUACCAAGCGCGUGUUCGACUCAGCUCCCAGCCACUCCAUCUCUGCCCGGACCAAGACCUUUCGGGUAGACAGCACUCCAGGUCCCGCCGCUUACAUGCUGCCCGUGGUGAUGGGACCGCACACUGUGGGCAAGGCCUCCCAACCCUCCUUCUCCAUCAAGGGCCGCAGCAAGCAAGGCAGCUUCAGCGACGACCUGCACAAGACCCCAGGUCCUGCAGCAUACCGCCAGACAGAUGUCCAGGUGACCAAGUUCAAGGCUCCACAGUAUACCAUGGCCGCACGGGUGGAGCCCCCAGGGGACAAGACCCUCAAGCCAGGACCAGGAGCCCACAGCCCUGAGAAGGUGACGAAGCACAAGCCCUGUGCCCCCACCAUCACCUUCGGCAUCAAGCAUUCUGACUACAUGACACCACUAGUUGUUGAUGUGGAAUAGCCUCAGCCCUGCACCCCACAGCCUGGAUCCAGCUCAUCCCCACGAGACUCCCAGGGCAGAUGCAGGCUGGAUAUCUCCUUCCAAGCAGAGCCACAGGAGGGGGACCCUGCAGGAUGGAGCAUGUUUGUUUGGACACUUGUGACAAAUUUUUUUUUCUAUGCUACCUUCCCAUUUGCUAGUCUUGCUUCCUGUUGUUGCCCAAAUUACUUAAUAAAUCACAAAUUUCAAUUAUGAGGCUUUGUCUUGGGAAAAAACCAAGCUUGUCCACAGCUUUCAGUGCAGGCCCACAUGAGGUCUCAUCCCUGGCUUCCCAGUCUUCAAAGAGAGACCUCAGAGCCUUGCCUCAUACCUACAGCCCCUUGGAGAACCUGGACCACCACGGAUAAUGGGGCACUGGAGAAGUGCUACUGCCUGACACCUUCUAUGUGUCCAAGUUGUGAGGAAGCUUGAUAAAUGUGAGGGGCCUUCAAUGGCAGAGCCAGCCCCUCUGCAGCUGAGGCCUCACUAUGGUAAGCAGAGCCAGCCAUGCCCACUGGGCUGUCUCAAAUUCUGGCACAGUAACAAUGAGACAUGAUAGACCACUGUUGCUAUGUUGAGUGACAGUCUCAGGAAAAUCUGUUACCUACCAAGAGCUAACACAGGAUGUGGGGAGGGACGCUGGCAUCUCAGCUGGGCCUGGAGGAUCUGCACGGGUUCCCCAGACCCACAGCCAGGCCUUGAGAAUCUGGACUCCCCUUGGCCCAGGAGAGGUUCAUGCUGGGCAGGCGGCCUAUUUUGCAUACCAAGAGGCUAAAACCCACAUUAGCACAGCAGAGGUGCUGACUCCUCUGCUGUGUGUGACCAGUUGGGCAGGGCACUCCAGGACUGUCACAUUCCCUUACCUCUACGAGGUGAUGCUGUCAUGCCAUGCACGUAGUGACUUGGCAGAGAAGGGUCACACAGCAGAAGGUGGUGUGGUCCUAUGGCUGCCCUGCCAGAGGCUGAGCCAAGGGGGCAGCAAGGGGGGACAAGGGAUCCUGGGAGAAGAUGGGG